CUCUCUCUCUAGUCCUCUCCCAAGCGAAACGCCCUUCCGCGGCGCACCCAAACCCCUCCUCCCCCAUCCCAGCGCCCGCCUCGCCGGAACCCUAACGGGCGCCGCCGCGGGGGCCCGGCGAUCGCAUUGGCGGGGCCACCGAUGGCGACCCACCCCUCCAAGAGGAGUUACCUCUGCGCGGGGAGCUCCACGUUCGAUGAUCCCGAUGUGGUCGAGGUGUCGCCGACCUCCGCCGCCGCCGCCGGGGGGUGGAGCUCCGGCCACCAGAAGAGGAAGCGGAGUCAGGUUGUUCCUCAUGAAGUAAUUGAUCUUGAUGGUGAUGAUGAUCCUGAUGGAGUUACGAUUAUUGGUCAGAAAGCACCAGCUGAAAAGAAUAAACAAGCACUUGGAUAUCCUCUUGAUUGGCCGAAGCAUGUGAAGACCAGUGUGGCUGAUGACAUUGCAGGACCAAGCACCUAUGCUUCAAAGAAUACUGCCAUUAUGGGUGGUUUGAAAAAAGUUAUAGAGUAUGAUUAUGAUGACUUCACUUUUGAUUCAUUCGAAGAAGAUGGUUUCUUUGAAGAUGAGUAUGAUUAUGAGGAUGGCUACGACUAUGAUGCUACACUUUUUGAAAGUGAAUAUAACUAUAAUUUAUCUGCCAAGUUUGAUGACUUGGAUAUCCCACCUGGUGUGGAGGCUCCUUUACCAUGGCUGCAGAAAACUGCUGCUGAGAUGUCAAAUAAGACCAAACCCAUUAUGAUAGUGGAUGAUAAAGUUGACGAAAAAUACAAUGCAUUUAAGCAAUUCGAUACUGUUGACUGUCACAGUGAUCAUUAUUAUUCAAAGCCAGAGUUAAGAAGGGUUCAGGUAGUGAAGAAGCCAUCAAAAGACUGGGCGAAACGUAUUCAGCAUGAGUGGAAAGUCUUAGAAAAAGACUUGCCAGAUACCAUAUUUGUGAGGGCAUAUGAGGAUAGAAUGGACCUUCUUAGAGCUGUCAUUAUGGGACCAGCAGGCACUCCUUACCAUGAUGGGCUCUUUUUCUUUGACAUUUAUUUCCCUCCUCAAUAUCCAAAUACACCUCCACUUGUUAGCUACCGUUCUGGUGGGUUACGGCUUAAUCCAAACUUGUAUGCUUGUGGAAAGGUGUGCCUUAGCCUCUUAAACACCUGGUCGGGUAGUGGAUGUGAGAAAUGGAAUCCAUCCAAUUCAACCAUGCUACAGGUCCUGGUCUCCAUUCAGGCUUUGGUUUUGAAUGCCAAACCUUAUUUCAAUGAGCCUGGGUAUGCUAAUUCAGCUAAUACACCUAGCGGGGAGAAGCGAUCCCUAACAUAUAAUGAAGAUACUUUCCUGCUGUCAUGCAGGACGAUGCUGUAUUCUCUUCGAAAUCCACCAAAGCAUUUUGAGAAUUUCGUCGCUGGCCAUUUCCGCAAGUAUGGGCACAAUGUCCUCGUAGCUUGCAAAGCCUAUCUGGAUGGUGCCCAAGUCGGAUGUCUUGUUGGAAACGGGGUUCAGGAUGUCGAUGAGGGUGACAAGAGCUGCUCGCUGAAGUUCAAGACAUCCCUGAAGAGAUUAUUCGAGGAACUGCUUAUGGAAUUCACCGUGAAAGGAGCAGACUGUGACAAAUUCCUAUCCGAGAAGGCGAAAUCCGCUGCUGCCGCUACUAGAGCGACAACAGACACCACAUUGAGGCUAUAAUGGGUGGGUCUGUGCGCCAGAUGAAACGAGAGUAAUAAUUUUGCCAUCCAAAAGUGAUUCUAGCUACUCCUCCUAUCUUCGGUAUGAUAGGAGUGAAUUUGCCCGAGAAAAAAUUCUCGCUGUUUUCCUGUAACUAGUUUGUAAAUACCCCUGCCUAGCUCUUCCGGUGAACAUAGGUGCCGUAGUCCAUUUAUAUAUUUAGGAACAAUGUCGAGGGUAUUUUACCUCCUAAGCUUAUUCCCCCAUCUCUGAUUAAUGUCACCAUCCUAGGCUGAAUAUCCAAUGAAGUUUCUCAGCGCA